CUCCGAGAGUGAAAAAUUGGAAAAAAAUAGUCCAACUUGCGCCACAACUACAGCCUCCAGUUUCCUCUUCACUUCUUUCACUGUUUACUUGAAGCUGAGCUAAGAAGAACGGUGUCGCUACUCGCUACCACUAUGUCUGCGGUGGCGUUGCAGUGCCCGAUGGCCGGCACGAGGAAGAACGCGCCACCAGCAUUCAGCAAAUCGCCUCCGCCCAGCGCGGCGGAGACGCUGCUCGUUUUCCGGCCAAAAACAAAGCAUUUCACCAAGGUUGUUGCAAAUGCUAGUGGAAGUUGCGGUGCGGAUAAUGCUUCUGUUUCCCUCGCCCAAACUGCCUCCGUUUCUUCUCCUUCGCCUCCUCUCUCUCGGGUAAAGCGCCAUACCAUCUCGGUGUUUGUUGGGGAUGAAAGUGGUAUCAUAAAUCGAAUAGCUGGAGUUUUUGCCCGUAGAGGUUAUAACAUUGAGUCUCUUGCUGUUGGGUUGAAUAAAGACAGGGCGCUCUUCACCAUAGUUGUCUCUGGAACUGAAAAGGUUUUGCAGCAAGUUGUAGAGCAGCUCAACAAGCUCGUCAAUGUCUUGAAGGUGGAUGAUCUGUCCAUGGAGCCUCAAGUAGAACGAGAAUUGAUGCUAAUAAAAGUUAAUGCAGAGCCAGACACAAAUGCAGAAAUAAUGUGGUUGGUAGAUAUCUUUAGAGCAAAAAUUGUUGAUAAAUCAGAUCACUCCGUGACCAUAGAGGUAACAGGUGACCCAGGAAAGAUGGCAGCUGUUCUUAGAAAUUUGAAGAAGUUUGGAAUAAAGGAGCUUGCUAGAACCGGAAAGAUUUCUCUGAGACGUGAAAAGCUGGGUGAGACAGCCCCCUUUUGGAGGUUUUCUGCAGCUUCUUAUCCCGACCUUGAGCAGACGGUGUCUGGGGCAGAUACUCUAAAAGACGUCAGUCAGACAAUGAACGGCAAAUUGAAUAAUGACUCUCGGGGUGAUGUUUAUCCUGUGGAAGCGUAUGAUGACUUCUCCGUUAAUAAAGUUCUUGAUGCUCACUGGGGAGUUCUCUAUGAUGAAGAUUCAAGUGGGCUUCAAUCACACACGCUAACCAUGCUUGUUAAUGAUUCACCUGGAGUUCUGAAUCUGGUUACGGGGGUUAUAUCUCGAAGAGGCUAUAAUGUUCAGAGUCUCGCUGUAGGCCCUGCUGAAAAAGAGGGGCUAUCACGCAUUACAACAGUCGUUCCUGGAACUGAUGAAACUAUUCGAAAAUUGGUUCGCCAAUUUUACAAGCUGGUCGAUAUUCACGAGGUUCAAGAUAUAACUCAUUUACCUUUUGCCGAGAGGGAACUGAUGCUGAUCAAAAUUGCUGCUAAUGCUGCUGCCAGGAGGGAUGUCCUUGAUAUCGCCAAAAUUUUCCGGGCCAAACCAGUUGAUGUGUCUCAUCAUACGAUAACUCUGGAGUUGACUGGAGAUUUUAACAAGUUGCUCGCAUUGCAAAGGCUGUUGGAGCCUUUUGGUAUUUGUGAGGUGGCACGGACAGGGCGUGUGGCUCUGGUACGCGAGUCUCGGGUGGAUUCAACAUCCCUCCGAGGAUAUUCUCUCCCUUCGUAAGAUUAUAACCUAAAACACUACAAUGCAUAUAAUGUUCCACUUGCUUGUUAGACCAGUAGAUAACACUCUGCAAUCUCUUCAUUGUUGGUUCCCUACCUGUUGAAAUUAAAAACUAGCAUACCAUAUAUGGAAAUCUAGAUUGUGUUGCUUUUCUACA